AUGUCGGUCUCUCCAUCUUCUUCCCAUCUAUACACUCGUUUGAAAGACACCAUUCCGGCUGUUCUCCCAUGGAGUCAAAGGGACGCCUCCACGAAAGGCGAUCCUCGAAAGAGCGUGAAGUGGAUUGAUGGCUUGCGAGGCAUCGCUUCUUUUCUAGUCGUCCUGACACAUCUUGCCCGCGCUUGGGACUUUGACCUCUUUUCACCAAGGGACACCGAAGACGCCACCCCACGCAUACUACAAUGGCCUAUUCUCCGCAUCCCGUGGCAAGGCCGUAUAGGCGUCACUAUCUUUGCAUUUCUUACUGGCUACGUAUGUGCCUUGAAACCCUUGAAACUCUCACGGGCUGGUGACACAGCCGCUGCUUUUACAACAAUCGCCAAGAGCGCGUUUCGAAGACCACCGCGACUGAUCUUCCCGGCAACUAUUGCCUUGAUAAUUUCGUGGACGGUCGCCCAAUUUGGUGGGUUCACUGUUGCCAACCGCUCUGAUAGCUGGUGGUGUCGAUAUGCAUCCCCGGAUCUAGAGGACUCUCUCUGGAAAGAGAUUAUUCGGUUAGGGGAGAACUUUUUGUCGACUUGGACGACGGGGUAUAUGACAUACGAUGACCACCAGUGGGCUCUUUUGCCGUUGCUAAAGGCCUCAAUGCUGGUCUUUAUUAUUCUUAUCGCGACGAUGUUCAUGCAGUUCCGAUAUCGAGUCGCCGUUUACGUUGGGAUGCUGCUAUAUUAUCACCAAGAUGCUGCGAAAGAUACGGAAACAUUCCAAAUGCAAGCUAUCUUUGGUGUCCUUCUCAGUGAUCUCUCAUACACCACCGCUCUCAAGAAUUGGGUAGAAACCCAUCGCUAUACUCGAAAGCUCAUCACCAUACCACUCGCGGUAGCGGGUCUUCUAAUUGCCUCCUACCCCGGUGAACAUCCAGAAUGGAUGCCCUGGUCGGAUUUCAUGUUCAAAAUAUCGGAAUAUAUAUUCCCACCAGACGUCAACAUCGGAAAGCGCUACUCAGCCUUGGGUGUGGACCUCGUCAUCUUAGCGAUCUACCUCUCUCCAUCGACAAAGAAGUUCCUCGCCAAUCGACUGUUGCUCUGGCUUGGCAAGCAGAGUUUUGCAGUAUAUCUCAUCCAUGGGACGAUGCUGCGUGUCGUCCUUUGUUGGAUGUUAUAUGGGAUUAGUGGCCAGCCAUGGGAAGGAGGUGAAGCUGCCACUGAUGAUGAGCGGGAUUGGUUGCCAUUGCAUCCGCCGUGGGUUGUUGCUAUCAGUAUACCGGUGUGGAUUGGACUGGUGUAUGUGCUUGCAGCGGCUUGGACAGCGUAUGUGGACCCGUUCUGUGCAUCGAUGACAGAGAAAUUGGAGCGAAAGUUUUUUGUAGAGGAUGAGAAGAGGCCGUUGCCGUUGCCGGCUGUCUCGAUUCCGAUGCGAACUACAUGA